AUGGCCACUAUCGAUGUAAGCUAUCAGCCAGGAACUCCUGAGCCAAACUUGUUCCCUAAGGUAGCGAACUACACUUCCACUAGAGCAACUCAAGACAGCCUCAAGCGGUCCUUCGCCAAGUAUCUGGCCUCAGAGCAGAGUGCACCAGCUGUCGGAAAGCUAUUCAAACCUGAGACUCAUCUUCAAUAUGAAGAGCCUAGCUAUGUCCAUACCAUGGAAGAUAUUGGAUAUUCUGCCACCUCUGGUGUUUCCCCCGUCGCUGUCUCUGAGCCGUUCCGCCUUUUUAGCGAAGAAGCUGUUAAUGUUAUGAGGGAAGAGAUUUUCGACAAGGAAGUCCAAGAGAAGUAUAGCUAUACUUCAGAUAUCGCACCCAAACAACUCCGUGGUUAUGCUCCCGACCACGGCAAAUUCAUUUACGAGGCCUGGAAACACCCUGAAACUCUCGCAAUUAUCUCUAAGAUUGCGGGUGUGGAUCUUGUUCCUGUCAUGGACUAUGAAAUUGGACAUGUCAACUUGUCUGUCCCAGGGAAAAAACGCAGCCAUGAUAGCAGUGUUUUGAUAAGCGAGGAGGAUGAGAAGCCCAUUGUCGGCUGGCACAGAGACAGUUAUCCAUUCGUUUGUGUUCUCAUGAUGAGUGACACAACAGGAAUGGUGGGCGGCGAGACUGCUUUGAGAACUGGUUUUGGUGAUAUCAAAAAAGUCCGCGGUCCAUCAAAGGGAUGCGCUGUGGUUUUGCAAGGUCGCUAUAUUGAUCACCAAGCACUGCAGGCAUUUGGUGGACAAGAGAGAGUCACCAUGGUUACCUCCUUCCGUCCACGAUCUCCACGUGUCCGUGACGAUACCGUCCUUACUACUGUCCGACCCAUCUCCAAUCUCUCCGAUUUGUAUGGACAAACGGUCGAAUAUCAACUGGAAAAUGCCGAAGCCCGUAUCAGAAUGAUGCUCAAAGAACUUCGCGAUUCCAUGAAAGCCGGCGCUACCAAUGCCAAAGCUAUCAAAUCCUUCCUCGAUUUCGAAAUCAGCCAACUAACUCACCUAAACGAAGAGAUAGUCGACGAAUCACUUGUCAAGGUCGGAGAGUUGGGAGAGAUCUGCGCUGAAGCUGCGAGUCCAAAGAAGAAAGCCAGGGCUGAAUGA